AACACUGCUUAUCAAUGUGAUGACGAUCGCUUACCUAUAAAAGUGUCCUUGACACUCAUCAACAUGACACCUUCUUUAAGUCUGACUUCGACAUAUCACAUCAGCUCCCUUCUUCUAACAUGCCACUGAAUGAAUGUUAGGUUUCGUUUUGAGUUUACAUAAAUAUGGUUAUCGUCUCAAUAAAGGAACAACAGGAGAGACAAAAAUAGCCACGAUGAUGAAACCCUCAGCGAAAUCAAUUCAGAGAGUUGGUCGUUUCUUAAGGAAGAGCCUUGGAAGCAUCAAGUCCACUGUCUGCUUUGGUAAAUACCACCAUAACUUCCCUAACAACAACACUCCACUCUUGAGCCCCUUCUCAUGCAGUCUUGCCCUCUCUUGUUCACAAGAUUCCCAGACUGAAGAAACGUACAGCGUUAUCUCUUGUGAAAGCAAGGCUGUUGCAGAAACCAGAGAUGAGAGACUCAUCAACAAAAACCAACAUAAGAAGAAACCGAAGAAAAAGGUUGCAGUUGCCGAGUCGUUCGAGGAGGCAAAGAGAAGAGGUGACAAGUUGGCACAAAAGAUGAAAGAUCUGAACAUGGUUGAUCUCAGAGACAUGGAGCAUGCAUCGGAUGUAAAAGAAGCGCUUAGAUGCUAUUCAAGCAUUAGAAGCCCUGUCUACCUUGACAUUGUUGACAAUUUCUUCAUAGACAUGUACUACGAGUUCUCUGAUCCACGCACCUCUUCUAGUAUCAACGGUUCAAGAAGAAAAGCUGGCUCUUUCAGACUCUAAGACCCUCUAUUCAGCUUCGCUUGCAAGGCAGGGUGAAGCUAUCUCGUUUAAGAUUAUUACUACUUAAAGAAACGUUGUUCAUAAAAGUUGUUUAUCCCAAUACGCAGCACAUAUAUUUCACUUAGGUAAAAUCAUUCGUUACUACCUCAUCCUGUAGAGUUUUAAGUGAUCAAUGCAACAUAUAUUUAGCCU